AUGGCAUCAGCAAGACUGCUGCCGCCAGCGGCGGCAGCAGCAGCCGCCGCCACAGCCGCCGCCGCCGCCGCCGCCACGGCGGCGACCCAAGUGCCGCAAGGCACGACCCCCGCCGCCGCUGUACGGCCCGUCCUGCCACCCAAGCCGGCGGAAGGCGCGUCCCCGGGGCCGGCGGCUGUGCAAGCUGAGACAGUAGCGCCGGCUGCGGCAGCGGGUCGGGAGGCGACGGCGGCGGCGCCGCCGCCGCCGCCGCCAGCAGCGGCGGUCGCCAGCAGUAGCGGCAGUAGGGGUCGGGGGAGGAGGAGGAGGAGGGUGGCGGGGGCAGCGCAAGGACCAGCAGCAGUGGCGGCGGCGGCGGCGGGGGAGAUCUUCCGGGAAUACCAGGCGUGGUGGAGCACGUUGGUCGCUUCCUUCCUGCCGUACGAUUCAGCGGGGCACCGUUCUCCAUCGUCAUGCAUCUGGUACGACAAAACACCCGCGGGGGGAAAAGAGGUGACGAGUCCACGGUAG